AAAUACCCGAUAUUGUCCUAUCGGCAGAUGCAGAAGCUGUGUUGUUCGUGGGGAAGCAAAUAAUUACUUAACAUAACUUUCAUGAACGAAAAGCAUUAAAAACAUAUUUGCCUGGCCAGGUGGUCCUGGGAGGUUGUUUUUCGUCAACUUAAGCCAUUCCAACAUAAAAGUCCACCAUGUCAAACAAUGAUAAUGAGUCAGAUGUGGAAUAUUCUGAAACUGAGGAAUAUGGUUAUGAUGAUUAUUACAAUCCUUGUAAUGAUGCCGAUAAUGAAACCAUGAACCAAAAAAAAUGUGAUCCAGAACAUUUUGAAUUUGAGUGUCUAACAGUAGAUCAGGUGGAAAGAUUAUUGAAUGAAUUAGUAGAAACUUUGAGCAGCAGACUGAGAUUGACACCUUCCCUUUCCAAACUACUGCUACACACUCAUAACUGGGCUUUAGAUUCAGUCAUUAAAAUGUAUUUGGAAGAUGCCUCUCAGCUGCUAGUUCAAUCUAAACUAAAACCAGAAAAAACCCCUGUCGUUAAGACUCUAUCAAAAACUCUAGUUUGCCCAAUCUGUAUUGUUAUGCUACCAAAAGAUGUGUUUUGUGGAAUUGGAUGCAGCCAUCUCUUUUGUAAAGGUUGCUGGAAUGCUUAUCUUGAAACUCAGGUCAUGCAUGGUGUAUCUACAGGAACAGAAUGUAUGGGUUGUUCUGUUAUGGCAACAGAAGACUUUGUCUUGCCUUUACUAGCCACGCCUCAACUGAAGGAACGUUAUGUCCGUCACGCCUUCUCCGACUACGUUAGGUCCCAUCCGGAACUGAGAUUCUGCCCAGGCCCUAAUUGUAACAUAAUUAUAAGGGCCAAGGAAAACAAGGCCAAGAGGAUUGUUUGCCAUUCUUGCAAGACAACAUUCUGCUUUCGAUGUGGGAGUGAAUAUCACGCUCCAACUGACUGCGAAACAAUUAGACAGUGGCUGACCAAGUGUGCAGAUGAUAGCGAAACGGCCAACUAUAUUUCUGCUCAUACUAAAGUUUGCCCCAAGUGCCAAAUUUGUAUAGAAAAGAACGGUGGUUGUAACCACAUGCAAUGUUAUGGAUGUAAACAUGACUUUUGCUGGAUGUGCCUGGGCGAUUGGAAGACGCACGGGUCGGAAUACUACCGUUGCUCACGUUAUGAAGAGAACCCUAAUGUAGCCAACGAGUCGUCUCAUGCUCGAGCUAAAGAAGCCUUGAAAAAAUACCUCCAUUAUUUUGAACGAUGGGAAAAUCAUGCAAAAAGUUUACGACUGGAGGAGCAGACGUUGCAACGGAUUCGUGAACGCAUUCAGUGUAAAGUUAUGACAGGCACAGAGGGUACUUGGAUUGACUGGCAGUGUCUACUGGAUGCUGCUGCUUUGCUAGCACGUUGUAGAUAUACGCUGCAGUAUACUUACCCGUACGCUUAUUAUAUGGACGCGGGGCCCCGUAAAGAAUUGUUUGAGUAUCAACAGGCUCAGCUAGAAGCUGAGAUAGAAAACCUGUCGUGGAAGGUAGAACGUGCAGAGACAACCGAUCGAGGCGAUCUGGGCAUUCAAAUGGACGUUUGCGAAAAACGUCGUACCACACUUUUGCAAGAUUUUCUUGAAUCGUGAAGUUUUCUCUAAAUGUAACAAAGAGAAAGCAUGGAAAAUUUACCAACAAACUUGUAACUAUCGUCAGAUACUUUUUCUUUUUUGCCUGCAGCUUUAUCGAAAAAUCGAAAUUGCGAUGUGUCCUGUCCUUUUGAACAUUUUUUUUUGUUCGGCUCAUUUCAAAUUUUGUCCUCAUUUUUUUUGUUUCGAUUUUUAUGGCGUUUU